GCUGACACACAACAGAGCGUCUUCUACAAAAGCUGUGACACUCAAUAACAUCCAUAUAACCCUCAGAUAACCCAAGGGCGCUGCUCUUGAAAUAAUCCAAAAUGAUUGCACAGUGCUCCUGAAGUACUUUCUGUGCAGACUUGUACACUAAAACAAACAGACCCUUCAAAACCGCUGCCAAAACACCCAGCCUUCAUGACUGCAUCCAUUAAGUGGCGGUGGCCGGCUUAUUAGCACCAUGAAGGCAAUUAGCAAAGGGCUGUCAUGAGGAUUUCAACAGUCAUUCAUUUGAUGCUUCCAAAAAUAAUAAGACAUGUGACCGCUGGACAACAAGGAGAACAGGUUAAAGAGAUCACAGUAAAUACUGUCACAACAACAUACAAGUAAACAUAAAAACAUAAUUUCAACAUUUAGGGACAGUCCUCAGCCAGGAUGCCCACUUGCCGUGGUAUUUUGGCAGAAAGGCCCCGUAUGUUGGUGUCUUUCUCUCUGUAUACACAACAUCUAUCCCACAUGGCAAUGGGGCUCUGUGUGUUUCAGGGGCUAUUUUGUAAACACAAAGGCGCAUAACCAAAAGUGAAUUUCACUUACGCUCUGGUCCAGAGAUAACAAACAUGGAGCGAGCAAGUAGCAAUAGGAAAAAAGCCAUGGCGAGACAACAUAGGGCCGAAGUCAUGAUUGCUGGAGAACAACUCAGGUUGAGACUACACGAUGGAAAACUGAUAAAGGAGCGACGCUACCACCUGCGCACGUAUCCCAACUGUUUCGUGGCACAGGAGCUUAUAGACUGGCUUGUGAGACACAAGGAAGCUCCAGAGCGAGCAACAGCUGUCUGUCUCAUGCAGCACCUCUUGGACCAUGACAUUGUUCAUCACGUCUGUGAUAAGAGGUCAGUAUUCAAGGAUGCCAAACUGCUGUACCGUUUCCGGAAGGAUGAUGGCACAGUUCCCUUCAGUAUCGAGGUGAAAAUCUUCAUGCGAGGACAACGCCUGUACGAACAUCUCAUUGGGGACAAGAACUCCAUCCUGCAGCUCAGAGAGGAGCACGGUGUGGCAUAUCAGCGAGCCUUUCCUGGCUACCAAUUGAUCGACUGGCUCCUUCAGAAUGGUGAGGCAGAGAGCCGGCGUCGGGGCCUGGAGCUGAGCCGUGCACUGCAGGAGCAUGGCAUCAUUCAGCAUGUGGCAAAUAAGCACGAUUUCUUCGACAGCGGACUACUCUAUCAGUUCUGCAUCAAUUUUCGCCGCAGACGCCGCCUAUCUGAACUAUUAAAUGAAAGUGAGCAGGAUAAUCACGAGGGUGCGGCAGUGUCGAUCCAAGAAGACAACCAUUCUGACAGUCCAUUUGUUGUGCGCAAAAACCCACCCCAGGAGGGCAACAGUGCUUUUCAGUCAGUGGGGUCGAGUACAGACCUAAAGCAGGUUACGAGUGGGCGUCGGGGCAGCUUGAAUUCCCUUCAGCUUCACUCUGCUGGAUUUCCACCUCUUGUCCAGCUGUCCUCAGCCUCAGCGGGGAGAUGCAAUCCUAAAUCAGUCCUCAGGAGAAGUUUCACAUGUGAACAGUUAUUGGCACCUGGUGCACCCUUCAUCAAGAGAGUGUUGACGGUGAUAGGAGACGUGCUGGGCUGGGGCUUCGUGGUCAGGGGCAUGGCUCCCUGUUAUGUGCAAGCCGUGGACCCUGGGAGCCCAGCAGCGGCUGCUGGAGUUAAGGUGCGGCAGUUUGUGUACCAGGUGAAUGGACAGUGCGUUCUCCACCUGGACUACAGGACCAUGACUAGACUGGUGAUGACCGGACCGCGCACCAUUGUGCUGGAAGUGAUGGAACCGCUGGAAUGACAACGACUUGAAGUCUGAUGCUUAUUGUGGGCACGACUAGAUCAGCU